AUGGUCAGCAACAAAUCGUCAGACAAAAGCAAAAAACGGCAAGAAGAUAACGAUGAUAACGAGUACAGAAGUCAGACCCAACGUCCUAGUCAAAUGUCGAUGAUUGAUGACGAAGCCGAGCUGCGGUUAAGAGUUCGACUGGAUUAUCGACAGUUUAUUGACGAUUUGAAUGUGAAUCGAAAAUUGUAUACGUCACCCAAUAAUGACGAAUUGGAGAAGAAGAUCGACCAAGUUGACAAAGCUUUUGCGAAAGUGAAAAUGCCUCGUGAAGGUGUGCUUGAUGCUUCGGCUCUGCGAACCAUAUCGAAUUUGGCUAGUGUACGAAUCCGUGCUGCCGAUGAAGCAGGAGGCUUAGAUCGUGCUUAUGAUCUAGCACGAAAAUGCGAGAAAAUUCUUUCGAAAUUAGUUGGAAAUGCCAAUGAAUUCUAUGAAAUCUUUGGUAAUUUUCAUCAUAUUGUUCCAGCACCGUGUAUUAUGCAUGGACGAUUGCCAACGAAACUAUUUACCAAUGAGUACCAGGAGAAGCAAAAGCAACGUGCAAAACCUGUGCGCCAACCGAAACUCACUCAAGAAGAAUUAGAGAGAACGCGUACACGACCGGAAGAAGUCAAAGAUUUUAGCGCUGAACUCGGUGAACAAACAAUCAAACACAUCAUGCAUAUUAAACGGUGUCUUGUUAAACAUUACAAAGCCGCAAAUUACAGUCCAAUUGAUUAUUUCGAAUUUGUUAUUGAUCCAGAUUCAUUUGCUAAAACUGUUGAGAACAUGUUUCACGUUUCAUUCCUUAUCAAAGAAGGAUUUGUUAAUCUCUUUCAAGAUGAUGUGUCUUUACCAGCACUUGAACCAACAGAUAAAGCGAUGAAUCGAGCGGCAAGUGGUUCAUCGCAAGCCGGCGAAUCAACUACGCAUGUGAAUCAGAUGAUAAUGUCGAUUACAAUGGACGAAUGGGAGGAAUUGAUCAAAGUAUACGACAUUACGGAAGCGAAAAUUCGACAUCAUAAACGAUCAGCAAAAGGUACUAAAUCAGGUUCAACCAAACAUAAGAAAACUCAUCGAGGCAAACGAGCUGGUGCUGCAGCCAAACAUCAUCGUCAAGUCAAACGAACAACUCGCAAAGGUGCUCGUAAGACGCACCGUUCAGGAAAGAAAGCAACGAACAGUAGCUAUAAUCUUUAUAUUCAACAUACUAUCUCUCAGAUUAAAGCAGCUGAUCCCAAUAUCACACAUCAAGAUGCGUUCAAAAAAGCUGCUAGUCAAUGGCGUACAGCAGCAGAGAAUCCCAAAAAUCAACAUCAUUAG